AUGCCGUCGCUGAACAAUUCGUUUGUUGGCGGAGCAGCCCAACAAGUGGACAUUCCGCAGUCGAUAAGUACACGAGAAAUAUUUAAGCGUAUUAUUGUGAUAACUAUCCCGCUAAGUUUUGCUCAGCUCGCACAGUUUUCUAUCAAUGUCUCUGUGAUUGCUGUUGUUGGGAGUUUGGGUGUUAAUGAGUUGGGUGGUGCUUCAAUUGCAUACGGUCUUAUUAAUGCCACGGCGUUUGGUUUUGCUUCGGGAUUUUGUGGGGCACUGGAAACGGUGCUUUCCCACACAUACGGCAGAGAUCCAAUGAGUAAGUUGUAUGGCAUUUACACUCAACGCAUGUUUCUUCUGUUAAUGAUUGUUGGUCUUCUCCUUUCCCCAAUUAUUCUGUUUGCCGAUCGAGUUCUGCUGCUUCUUGGGCAGAAUCCUGAUGUGAUAGUCUUUACAGGACAGUACUGUCGUAUUUCGGUGUGGGGUAUUUUCCCCACCAUGAUGUUGGAAUUACUGCGACGUUACUUUGCAUGCCAGCAUUUAUCUACUCCUCUUUCCGUAAAUCUUGUGGUGGGCGCAGUUCUUUUUCCAUUUUUACUCAUUGCGUGCGUUCACACUAUGGGGUUUGCUGGGGCACCGACGGGUUGGUGCCUGCUCAUGACGCUCAUGUCGGGCAGUCUCUUGCUCUAUCUCAUCGUGACACGAAAGUACAAAGAUACCUGGGGCGGUUGGGACGAU